UUCUGGUAUUCAUGAAGAGAGCUACGUACAGAAGUGACGUCCACUGGCUCCGUCGCUGCUGUCCUUACGUCCGCAGCGUUCACAGCUGUCUGACAUUUAAAUGGCGUCAGAGCCGCUCAUCUUCCAGCUGCUGCAGGAACUUCUCCGCUAAACCUCCAUCUUGUCCAGAGAUGAGCGAAGAGGACGCGGGUCCGCAGGGAGCGCGGGCCGCGUUCGAGGAGCUGUGUCGGGCUCUCAACAUGGACGAGGAGUCCGGCACCGAGGCCUGGAGGAGCUACGACUCCAUGAGCCGGAGCUUCACCCUGGAGGGCAGGGAGCUGCACUGGCUGGCCUGUGCUCUCUAUGUGGCCUGCAGGUCCUCCAUGCCGACGGGGGGGAAAGGCACCGCUGAGGGGAACUACGUCUCCCUGACCCGAAUCCUACACUGCUCAGAAAUGAGCCUGAUCGAGUUCUUUAAUAAGUUGAAGAAGUGGCAGGACAUGGCCGCCCUGCCACAGGAUUUCCGUCAGAGCACAGAGAAGCUGGAGAGGAACUUCACGGUGUCAGCGGUCAUCUUCAAGAAGUAUGUUCCCAUCUUUAAAGACAUCUUCAAGGCCCCGUCUGAGGAGCCGCCCCGAGUUCACCGCAGCCGCAAACAGAGACGUCAUCCCUGCACUGUGACCGAGGUCUUCAACUUCUGCUGGGUUUUAUUUGUCCACGCUAAAGGGAACUUCCCCAUGAUCAGCGAUGACCUGGUGAACUCGUAUCAUCUGCUGCUGUGUGCUCUGGACCUCGUCUUCACCAGCGCACUCCUGUGCAACGCCAGGAAAGAUCUGCUCAACCCAAACUUCAGAGGUCUACCAGAGGACUUCAGCUGUAAAGACUACAGAGCGUCGUCAGGUCCGUUCUGCUUCAUAGAGCAGCUGUGUGAACUGCAUGACGGCCUGGUGCUGGAGGCCAAAGGAGUCAAAGAACACUUCUGGAAACCUUUCAUCAAGAAACUGUUCCACAAACGGAUCCUCAGAGGUAAAGACGACUCUCUCACUGGUUUUCUGGAUCCCAUGAACUUUGGAGACAGUUUCUUGUCUCUCAGUCGGGUAUAUGAGGAACAUGUUUUGGCGUCGGGGAGUCUGGAUGAGAGGAUCUUCACUGGCGAUGGGGCGAGUGAGGACAUUGGGACACCAGGGCCCUGCCUCUGCGAGGGAGUGGAGAACCAGGACAGCGCCACCUACAGGCUGCACACCAACCUCACUGCCUCAGCUCUGAAGCCGGGGAGGAGGUACCUUCAGGGGAACAGCCUGGCGUCUCCGCUCCCAUCUGCCAUUACGAGUGUGGGACGUCUCCACACUCUGCUCGCAGGAACCAGACCGGGUCCGAGCCCCAAACUGACCGAGACUCUCCGGACAUGUGCCCGAGACCCCAGUGAUGUCAUCAGGAAGCGCCUGAAGGACAUGUUUGACCUCUUUUGUCAACAUGUGGAGAGCAGCGGUGCAGAGAAGCAGGGGAUGGGUAAAGACCUGGCAGUGAAGUACUUCCACCUGUCGGAGGCGCUCUACUACAGGUUCCUGGGGUCCAUCAUCGAGAGGGAAAAGAUGAUACUGGGAGACGCUGACCUGUCUUGUAUUCUGGAGCAGGACGUCUUCCACCACUCGCUGCUCGCCUGCUGUUUGGAGAUCGUUAUCUUCUCCUACAGACCUCCAGGAGAUUUCCCCAACGUGAUCAACGUCUUCCAGAUCCCCGCUUAUCACUUCUACAAGGUGAUUGAGGUUCUGGUGCGCUCGGAGCAGGGUCUCUUUCGGGAGGUGGUGAAGCACCUGAACCAGGUGGAGGAGCAGGUUCUGGAGAGUCUGGCCUGGACCAGCGACUCUCCGAUAUGGGACAUUCUGAGUGGAGCCAAAGACCAGGUCCCGUCCUGUCAGCAGGUGAUGCCUCCUCAGUAUCUGGAACCAGACGAUGACCUCAGCUCGGGCAGCGCUCCCUCCAGCCGCCACGGCCCGGACCUCGGCACCGGCAGCAGCGUCACGGGUUUUAAUAAAAUAAUCUCCCCCCACACGCAGCUGUGUCCCCCCACCACUCUGCUGGAUCGUUACAGCUCCUCCCCAUGUGGCCCGUCUCGCCGUCGUCUGUUUGUGGACCCGGUGGGCGGUGAGACAGGAGAACCCUCCGCCAUCAGCGCCACCAGCACAUCAACGGCCAACGUGACCAAGACCGGACAGGCCAGCCUCGUCACAGCCAUCCCAGCUGGGCAGAUUGUGGUCACCAUGGCAACCUCCGCCACCAUCCAGGUUACAGCCAAUGAGAGCGGAGGAAUCACCUUCAUCCCGGUCCAGGUGAGCAUGACCGGACAGGGCGGAGCCACGCUGCAGAGUGGCACCUUCACCGUCCAAUCAGCCGUCAGCAAACCAGCUGCCAUAGCAGCAAGCGUUCCUCUGAGGAAAGGGUCGCUGCCGCUGUUCUUCAGGAAGGUGUACCACCUGGCCAGCGUUCGUCUCAGGGAUCUUUGUGCCAAACUGGACGUUUCCUCUGAGCUGAGGAUGAAGAUCUGGACGUGUCUUGAAUAUUCUCUGGUUCACUGCACUGAGCUGAUGAUGGACAGACACCUGGACCAGAUCCUCAUGUGUGCAGUUUACGUCAUGGCAAAGGUGACCAAAGAAGACAGAUCCUUCCAGAACAUUAUGAGAUGUUACCGCUCUCAGCCUCAGGCGAGCAGCAGCGUGUACAGGAGUGUGUUGAUCUCAGGGAGGAGGAGGAUUCACUUGACCAACGACACAAACUGUCUACUGUCUUCGUCCACAGGGGGCAGUGAGGAGCCAGGUGGAGACAACAGUCCAGUUCCUAUUCUCCCCAGCAGCACCUUGUCGACCCCCCAGCGCAGCAGUGCCCCCUCCACCCCCACCAACAGCACCUCCAACAAAAAGUCCUCCACUUGGCCCCCAGGGGGCGACAGUGAGGAGGAGCGAGGAGACCUGAUCCACUUCUACAACAACGUUUACAUCAAAGAGAUGAGACAGUUCGCUCUGAGAUACUCACCCACCCCCCCUUCUGCAGGGGUGGAGCCCCCCCCCUCUCUGUGUCCCUACCCCUCCCUGAGGACCGGCUCUCCUCGUCGGAUGCUUUUCUCCAGUAAACACUCCAUUUACAUCUCGCCACACAAGACAGGCUCCGCCCCCACGCUGACAACCCCCCGGGACAAGAUUUAUUACUACAUCUGCAGCAGCCCCCCCAACCGUCUCCAGGAGAUCAACAGCAUGGUCCGGAGCGGAGAGACGCCGUCCAGGAAGCGCAGUCUGACUCUGGAGGACGAGACGUCUCCUAAGAGGGCGUGUCCUGAUAAUCACUCUGCUCUGCUGCGCCGCCUGCAGGACGUCGCCAACGACCGCAGCUCCUCCCACUGAGAUCUCUCUACAGACCUUUAGUCAUGUGACACGUUCAAUCACAUGUUUACACUGAACUGUACGUGUUUGAUUUAAUGAUUAUUUAUUUGAAGUUUGUCUCUGAAGUGAUGAUGUCACCACUCUUUGUUUUUUAUUGUGUUUUCCAACAAACAUGUGAUUUUAUGUGUGAGGAUGUUUGUGUAAACAUGUGUCAGGUAACUUGUGUAAAUAUGUAAAAAGAGAGGAAAGUUAUUUUAAAGCCUUUGAUUUUUAUCUGUAAAACAAUAAACCUGUAAACUGA